AUGGUCCUCGGGGCAGGGCCCGGAGCCAACGAGGAUGCUGCCGGACACCUUACUGCCAAGCCCCACAUCACAGUGCCACCCUCAACUCGGGGAGCCCGAAGCCACACCCACUUCAUCCACCGUCGGGGACCACCCACUCGGACCCACGUCAGUGGGAAGAGGGGGAAGCGGUCCAGGAUUGCAGGGGUCCGGCGGAGCCACACCCGGGUGCCAGGCUGGGCCCAUGAGAGACCAAUGGGGAGCAACAAGGAGGAGCAGCCUCCAGCCAGGCCAGAGCCUCUGACGCCCCACCUGCCCACAGACCUCCUGGACAACACUGGUAUUUCCAGGCCUCGGGCCGCUCUCCUGGAGAGGCACCUGCCGGAGGGGGAGAAACAGCCCCACAGCAUCGGGCAGGGGCCCUACUUCUACAUCGGAGGCACCAACGGGGCCUCCAUAAUCAGCUCCUACUGCAGGGGCAAGGGUUGGCAGCGCGUCCAGGACAGCCGGCAUGAGGACUGCAAGCUGACGUGGUGUGAGCUCAAGUGCAGAGACAACUACUACCGCUUCCGGGAAGGCGAGCAGUUGUUGUACCAGAUCCCCAACAACAAGCUCCUCACCACCAAGAUCGGGCUGCUCAGUGCCCUGAGGGAGUACUCAAGGGUUGUGAACAAGAUCCACAAGACACCACCACUCACCACUCUAUCUAGAAAGGACACAGCAUCUGCUCUUGAGGAGCUCACGUGGACCAGCCCAGGAUGCCUCAGGCCACAGAGGGUCCUGAAAAUGGAAGAAUUUUUCCCAGAGACCUACCGUCUGGACAUCAGGGACGAGAGAGAGGCUUUCUUCACUCUCUUUGAUGAAAAUCAGAUAUGGAUCUGCAAGCCCACGGCCUCCAACCAGGGCAAAGGCAUCUUUCUGCUGAGGAACCAGGAGGAAGUUGCCGCCCUGAAAGUCAAGACCCAGAGCAUCGAGGACGACCCCAUCUACCGCAAGAUGCCUUUCAGGGCGCCUCAGGCGCGGGUUGUGCAGAGGUACAUCCAGAACCCCCUGCUACUGGAUGGGAAGAAGUUUGAUGUGCGCUCCUACCUGCUCAUUGCCUGUGCCAUGCCGUACAUGGUCUUCUUUGGCCAUGGCUAUGCCCGCCUCACCCUCAGCCCUUAUGACCCCCAUUCCAGCGACCUCAGCGGCCACCUGACCAACCAGUUCAUGCAGAAGAAGAGCCCCCUGUACGUGCUGCUCAAGGAGGACACAGUGUGGAGCAUGGACCGCCUCAACCGCCACAUCAACGACAAAUUCAGGAAGACCAAGGGGCUCCCCAGAGACUGGGUCUUCACCACCUUCACGAAGCGGAUGCAGCAAAUCAUGGCCCACUGCUUCCAGGCUGUCAAGUCCAAGCUCCACUGCAAGCUGGGCUACUUUGACCUCAUUGGCUGUGACUUCUUGAUUGAUGAGAACUUCAAGGUGUGGCUGCUGGAGAUGAACUCCAACCCUGCCCUGCACACCAACUGUGAAGUCCUGAAGGAGGUGAUUCCAGGCGUGGUCAUGGAGACCCUGGACCUGGCAAUCGAGACCUUUCAGAAGAGCUUGCGCAACCAGAAGAUGCUGCCUCUGCGGUCACAGCGCCGCUUUGUGCUCCUGCACAACGGCGAGGCGGACCUGUGGCCGCGCUUAGGGGGCUCCCGCAGCGCCCUCCGCCCGCCGGUGCCCCCGCCCCGGCCCGCGUGCCAGGCCGACUGCUCCGCGCCACCUCUGCUCAGCGCAGCCGACGGGCCGGGCGCGCGCAGGCCCGCGCUACCCCGGAGCCCCGGGGGCGCGCACGGGCGGCCACCCUCGGCGCAGAGGCGGCCCCGACCGCCCGGCCCUGGCCCCGACGGCGCCCAGAGCCGGGAGCCCGGGGCCGAGCGGCCGCGAACGGGCGCUGGGGAGCCGGCGGGAGAGCCCUCCCCGGGUCUGGCAGAGGAGGAGCGCGAGGAGCGCAAGAACGCGGGUCACCGCGGCUCCUAG